UCUCUUUCUAAGCUCUGUCCUUAUUCCCUUUCAUGAUCUUUGCUUUUGUUCAAAUUGGUGCCAUUCCUGGUGAGAUCUAGUGGUUGUUUCUGUUAAUCAGUUUAUUUGAUACAGGUACGCCUUUGGUGGGUUGUGCUGCCCUAAACUUUGCUAUUACCCAGGGAUCGCAUCAAAACAAAGUAAGUACAGACUGGACAACACUGACAUUCUGGCUCCAGCCUUCAGUUGAACACCAUUCUUUUGACCUCUUAUUAUAAGGGAUUCACCUGCUGGAGUCUACUCUUCUAUAUUUCUACUGCAUGAACUGAUUUUUGAACCAAGUACUUUUUCUGGUUAUACAGAUGAAUGAUUGAUACCCUCCUGCGAGCUUUUGAAUACCACAACCAUGGAGGGCCAAGUAGACCCAGAAAGCAUUUAUAUGAGACAGCACUGCAUUGGUGGUGGGAGCUUUGGACGAGUCUAUAAGGGGGUCGAUAAGCGUACGGGUACUUCCGUUGCUAUCAAGAUCAUUGAUGUCGAAAAUGCCGAGGACGAGGUCGACGACAUCAUCCAAGAGAUCGCUAUUCUAUCCGGUCUGAACUCCCCAUAUGUAACAAGAUACUAUGGAUCAUAUUUGAAAGGGUCUCAUUUGUGGAUCAUAAUGGAAUUUUGUUCCGGAGGGAGCUGCUCGGAUUUAAUGCGCCCAGGGCCCAUCCCGGAGGAGUAUAUCAUGAUCAUUAUUCGGGAACUGCUUAAGGGCUUGGACUAUUUGCACCGGGAUCAGAAGUUGCAUCGCGAUGUUAAAGCUGCAAACAUCCUCUUGACUGCGAACGGCCAGGUCAAGCUGGCAGACUUUGGAGUCUCCGGGCAAUUGUCAGCGACGAUGACCAAGAAAAACACGUUCGUCGGCACCCCCUUCUGGAUGGCACCGGAGGUUAUUAAACAAUCUGGCUAUGACUAUAAAGCCGACAUCUGGUCCCUCGGGAUUACAGCCAUUGAAUUGGCGAAGGGAGAGCCUCCAUAUUCUGACAUUCAUCCGAUGAAGGUCCUUUUUUUGAUACCGAAGAAUUCUCCCCCACAGCUCCAGGGAAACUUCAGCAGAGCGUUUAAAAGCUUUGUUGACCUCUGCCUGAGGCGGGACCCAAGAGAGAGACCAUCAGCUAGAGAAUUACUGGAACAUCCGUUUAUCAAACGUGCAAAGAGAACUAGUUACCUAACGGAGCUGAUCGAACGUUACGAACGUUGGCAUGCGAACGAUGCCAAUGGAAAGAAGGUCCAAGAGGAAAACGAGGACAUGCAGGAAGAAUCUCCACUGGAACAGCAUGAGGAUGAAGAAGAAGACGAUCUUUGGGACUUCGGCACUGUCAGGCCUGCAGCAAGGAAAACAGGAUAUAAUGUAAUGAACGACAUGGCAACGAACACACGCAAUCGUGAAAUCUAUGAUGAGUCCAGGAAGGGAGGAUUCUUUGCCGCCACUCGGAAUAGUGGUAGGGAUGAACCCAAGACUCCAAACCGGUCCCCACAAAGACCGCCUCCUACCCCAGCAAGACUCUCCCCUUCUAAAAUACCUCUUCCACCCUCACCUCUGAAACCACACCCUCCCGAUCCACUACCCCCCAGAACCCCUUCUCACAUCGAGGCCCCGCCUUCCCAGCCGCUGGACGACAGUCCCGCCACGAGUGAAUACGACAAAGCUCUUCAGGAGUCUCUCGCUCAGGACCUGGGUUUCCUCCGGCUCGACCAGUCUCCAAGCGCUCCAUUAGCCUCGAUAGAGAGCAGCCCUGCUUCUGAUCACAUCCCCAGAGAGCCAGCUUCUGUUCCCACACAUUCUGUGGAAACUUCUCCCAGCAAAGCACGUCGUCUUUCUCAAUCGUCACGCGUUUCUUUGAAUCAAACCCCGAUGCCAUCCAUAUCGUCUCGACAACUACCUUCGGGGGCCUCUUUCCACGCUCCGUCUUCCCCUACCGCGUCAGCUCCUACUUAUUUGGCUCCUCACGAUGCUGUGAUACCGCCUGUUCCUUCUGCGCCAAUUCUGGCGCCACGGCAGUUGCAUGCCAAUCCUAGGCAGAUGAAUCCCCAGCAGCAGCUGACUGCAAGACCAGCUGAACGCCCAAACGAGAUAACCCCUUUGAAUACCGUUAUCGUCCCCGCCCUCAGAACCGCCAUUUACCGUCGUGCUCGUCGUGUGGAAGAGUUCGGACUCACCGCUCCUAACAACGAAAGAAACGACCAAAUCUACAGGGAUGCUAAAUAUGUCCAAGGCAUGAUGGAGAAACUCGUCUCCGAUGCGAUUGCUCUGUUUGACAGAAUCGAAAGUCUGGACAAUCAGUCGCUCGUGGGGGUGUCUCAAAACGUUCCCUCUUUCCUCGAAGGGUUUCUUGAAGAAGUCUUGAUGAGGAUUGAGCCCACCGACGAGGAAUCGCCGAUCGUGAAAAAUUGA